AUGACGGACGUCGAAAAGCAGACCGAGAUCCGAGAGAAGAAGGGACGCAACGUGAUGCGCGAGCUCAAAAUCCAAAAGCUCUGCCUGAACAUCUGCGUCGGAGAGUCUGGAGAUCGUCUCACUCGUGCCGCUAAGGUGCUCGAGCAGCUCACUGGACAAACCCCAGUUUUCUCCAAGGCCCGAUACACCGUCAGAACUUUCGGAAUCCGUAGAAACGAAAAGAUCGCUGUUCACUGCACAGUUCGUGGACCAAAGGCUGAGGAGAUCCUCGAGAAGGGACUCAAAGUCAAGGAAUACGAGUUGUACAAGGAGAACUUCUCCGACACCGGAAACUUCGGAUUCGGAGUGCAAGAGCACAUCGAUCUCGGAAUCAAGUACGAUCCAGGAAUCGGAAUCUACGGAAUGGACUUCUACGUUGUUCUCAACCGCAAUGGAGUAAGAGUUUCCAAGCGCAGACGUGCUCCAGGACGCAUCGGACCAUCCCACCGUGUCGAUAAGGAGGAGACCAUCAAGUGGUUCCAACAGAAAUAUGAUGGAAUCAUCCUCCCACCUAAACCAAAGGCCAAGAAGAACAUGUACCGUCGUCGUUAA